AUGACUACGACACACGACGGCGAGAUGCAACAGGGGAAAGAUAUACCGGCGGCGUCGACGCUGCGUGAAGAGUCACCUCGCGGCAGAGCUGUCAGCGGGACCUCUCCGGCGGAGGGCCUGGCUCCAGGAUCCCUCCCGAGACACAUCACCACUGCCAGGCUGGCCUCUCCCAUCCCUUCGACGUCGUUCACAGAGGCAGCAGACCUGCAGCUGAAACGUGUGCCUACUCCUCGACAGGUAGCUCCGUCUGAUGUCACUUCGGACUUCAAGCCUUCGUCCGUCGUGCCGUCCUCACUCGAUGCCGCUCGCCCAUCCGCACUGACAAGUGCCCUCCAGGAGGAUAAUGGUUCCAGCGGAGCCAAUACCACGGCUUCCAACGGUGCACCCAUAGAAGAUCCUGAGGUCGUCAAACGACAUCUGGUGCAGCCACCGGCCGACUCAGCCGCCGCCGUUGACACAAAUGGUAAAAAGCCCGAGUCGACUAAAUCCGGCGGAAGUGGAGCCAAAGAAGGAGAGGAGUUUUCCAGUUUACAGCUUCAGGGUGGUGAUAUCACUCGACCGAUCUAUAGAUGGGCUGAAGCGGAGGCCCAGGAACAACAGGGCCCCAAGAGGCGAAAAAGCUUCGAUCUCGCAAGGCCGGAGCCGGAAACUGAAAUUUUGGAUAUCAACACAAUCAGAGUUCCAGGUGGCUUCCGCCGAGACUUCCUGCGUCGAACCGGAGGAGAGCAGAACACUCUCACCGCCCCCGCAGAUCCCGAACAAGCACUCGCUCAGCCCAAGUUAGCGACCAACAGCUUCUUGGAGUUUUUGACCUUGUUCGGCCAUUUCGCUGGUGAGGAACUCCAGGAAGAUGACGAAGUGCUGGGCCCUGGCGAGUUCUUUACCCGGAAGCCUGGUGUUGGAGAAGAGGAGCCCUCGGAAGAGACCUCCCUGCUUCGUCCAGGAAGUGCGGGAGGUCGUGUGCCCAAGGAACGAGCUGCCAAAGCUACAAACACCUCCAUGGGUGCCAUUCUCCUCUUGUUGAAAUCCUUUGUUGGCACUGGUGUCCUCUUCCUUCCAAGAGCUUUCUUGAAUGGCGGAAUGAUAUUUAGUUCCAUCGUACUCGUAGCUAUUUCAGCCCUGAGCUAUCUCUGUUUCAUCCUUCUUGUCAACACCCGGAACAAGAUCAAUGGCUCCUUUGGUGACAUGGGAGGAGUCCUAUAUGGAGAUAAGAUGAGGAAAGUCAUCUUAUUCUCCGUUGCUCUCAGCCAGCUUGGCUUCGUCGCCGCCUAUAUCGUCUUCGUCUCACAGAACCUCCAAGCCUUCAUCGUGUCUGUCAGCAACUGUGAGACGUUUAUGAGCAUCCAAUAUGUCAUUCUAAUGCAGCUCGUCAUCUUCCUUCCCCUCUCCCUUGUUCGUGACAUUUCCAAGCUCGCCUUCACUGCCCUGAUUGCGGAUGUAUUCAUCUUGCUCGGGUUGGUCUACCUGUAUGGAUUUGGAAUUAGCACCAUUAUGGAACGAGGCGUUGCCGACAUCCAGCCAUUCAACCCCAAAUCCUAUACCCUUCUCAUCGGAACUGCCAUCUUCACCUUCGAAGGAAUUGGUCUCAUUAUCCCCAUCCAAGAGUCCAUGAAGCGUCCUGACAAGUUCCCCGCUGCUCUAGCCCUCGUCAUGGUCAUUAUCACCGUAAUCUUCCUGUCCAUGGGAGUUGUUGGCUACGCCACCUUUGGCUCCAAGACCGAGACCGUUGUCAUCCUUAAUCUCCCACAGCAGGAUAACUUUGUCAGGACAAUUCAGUUCCUAUAUGCUGCUGCUAUUCUACUCAGCACUCCCCUUCAGCUUUUCCCGGCAAUCAGGAUUUUGGAGAAUGGCCUCUUUACCCGUAGCGGCAAAUACAACCCCGGAAUCAAAUGGAAGAAGAACAUUUUCCGCUUCUUCCUUGUUUUGGUUUGCGCUGCCAUUGCCUGGGGCGGAGCUGCAGACUUGGACAAGUUCGUCUCCCUCAUUGGUAGCUUCGCAUGUGUCCCCCUCGUCUUCGUCUAUCCGCCGUUACUUCACUACAAGGGCGUGGCAACCACCUAUCUACAAAAGACUGUAGACAUCUGUCUCGUCAUUUUUGGAAUAAUAUGCUGCGUUUAUACUACCGCCCUAGCCAUUUCUAACUGGGGAGAUGGCGGUGGUGGCGCCAAACUCCCCGGAUUCUGCAACAAAUAG